AUGAGCCCAUGCGCAGUGCCAGUCCUUCUUGUUCCUAAGAAAGGUAACCAAUGGCGAAUGUGUGUUGAUAGUAGAGCUAUUAACAAGAUAACCAUCAAGUAUCGAUUUCCUAUCCCUCGACUAGAAGAUAUGCUUGAUGAGUUGGCGGGUUCUAAGAUAUUUUCAAAGAUAGAUCUUCGUAGUGGAUAUCAUCAAAUUCGAAUCAGGCCUGGAGAUGAAUGGAAGACAGCUUUUAAGAGCAAAGAUGGAUUGUAUGAAUGGUUGGUGAUGCCUUUUGGGUUGUCAAAUGCUCCUAGUACUUUCAUGAGAUUGAUGAACCAGAUUCUUCGACCAUUCGCUGGUUCUUUUGUGGUUGUUUACUUUGAUGAUAUUUUAAUUUACAGCAAGACCAAAGAAGAGCACUUGGAUCAUUUGAAGCAGGUUUUGCAAGUCUUACAAGAAAACCAGUUGUACGUUAAUCUGAAGAAGUGUACAUUCUGUACCAACAAGCUGGUAUUUCUAGGAUUUGUUGUUGGUGAAGAAGGGAUUCAGGUUGAUGAGGAGAAAGUGAGAGCUAUUAGGGAUUGGCCUGCCCCUAAAUCAGUCACUGAGGAGAAGCUAUGUACUGCACCAGUCUUAGCAUUGCCUGAUUUUGAUAAAGUGUUCCAAGUUGAAUGUGAUGCUAGUGGAGUUGGAAUAGGUGCUGUCUUAUCUCAAGAGAAAAGACCAGUAGCUUUCUUUAGUGAGAAGUUAAGUGAAGCUCGCCAAAGAUGGAGUACUUAUGAUCAAGAGUUUUAUGCAGUAUUUAGAGCUCUAAGGCAGUGGGAGCAUUACUUGAUUCAGAGAGAGUUUAUCUUGUUCACUGACCACCAAGCUCUGAAGUUCCUUCAUAGUCAGAAAGUGAUAAACAAGAUGCAUGCUCGAUGGAAGGAAGUCGCCUUAGAAGCCAGCUCGACCACCUGCGCGACCAACUGGUCGAGUUCACCAACUGGACCGGCCAAGACUCAACUCGAUCGAGCUGCUAUUCUAGGAGUCAAAUUCUCGCUAGCGCGCAGAACGAAGCUUCGGAAGUUUGGCCGCGCGCGGAGGAGUUCCCGACGUCCAAAAGUUACGAUCUUGAUAUGGAAAGAUAGAUACUUGAGUCAUGCAUCACGUCGAAGUGGAAUGAAGCCAUUUGGAUCAACUAUGAGGCCUAGACUUAUUUUCUACCGAGACAUGUCCGGUAAGCGAGCAAACGAAGCCCAUGGAGGAUUUGGAGUGUCUAAUGGCCCGAGCAGCAGCGCCAAAGGCCUUGAUCGAAUAGAGAAGAGGCCUGGCUAA